AUGGAUAAUAAAGAAAUAGAAGAAGCUGACCAGUUAACCAAAGCGCCGUAUAAAAAAUUUUGUGAAGAUUAUCAUGAAAUUUUUAAGAUAGCAAAGUCUGGAUUUAAAGUGACUCAAGAAAAUGUUGGUAGAGUUAAAACUUUUGUAAAAAAAUGGAAGCCUCUUUUACGUGGAGAAGGAUUAGAAUUUG